GGAGGCGCCCGCGUCCGAGCCCCGGGCCGGGCCUGAGCGCCGCGCAGGCCCCGCGCCCGCCGCCGUCGCCGCGCCAUGGCGGAGACCAAGAUCAUCUAUCACAUGGACGAGGAGGAGACGCCGUACCUGGUCAAGCUGCCCGUGGCGCCCGAGCGCGUCACGCUGGCCGACUUCAAGAACGUGCUCAGCAACCGGCCGGUGCACGCCUACAAAUUCUUCUUCAAGUCCAUGGACCAGGACUUCGGGGUGGUGAAGGAGGAGAUCUCAGCUGAUAAUGCCAGGCUGCCCUGCUUCAACGGCCGCGUGGUCUCCUGGCUGGUCCUGGCUGAGGGUGCACACUCAGACGCAGGGUCUCAGGCCACUGACGGCCACACAGACCUGCCCCCACCACUUGAGCGGAUGGGCGGCAUUGGGGACUCCCGGCCCCCCUCUUUCCACCCAAAUGUGGCCAGCAGCCGUGACGGGAUGGACAACGAGACUGGCACGGAGUCCACAGUCAGCCACCGGCGGGAGCGAGCCCGGCGCCGGAACCGUGAGGAGGCUGCCCGGACCAAUGGGCACCCGAGGGGGGACCGGCGUAGGGACCUGGGGCUGCCUCCUGACAGUGCAUCCACCGUGCUGAGCAGUGAACUUGAGUCUAGCAGCUUCAUUGACUCGGAUGAGGACGACAACACGAGCCGGCUGAGCAGCUCUACCGAGCAAAGCACCUCCUCCCGGCUCAUCCGGAAGCACAAGCGGCGGCGGCGGAAGCAGCGCAUGCGGCACACGGACCGCGCCUCGUCCUUCAGCAGCAUCACGGACUCCACUAUGUCCUUGAACAUUAUCACUGUCACCCUCAACAUGGAGAGGCACCACUUCCUGGGCAUCAGUAUCGUGGGGCAGAGCAACGACCGCGGGGACGGUGGCAUCUACAUUGGCUCCAUCAUGAAAGGCGGGGCUGUGGCUGCCGAUGGCCGCAUCGAGCCAGGGGACAUGCUGCUGCAGGUGAACGAUGUCAACUUUGAGAACAUGAGCAACGACGACGCAGUGCGGGUGCUGCGGGAGAUUGUGUCCCAGACAGGGCCCAUCAGCCUCACCGUGGCCAAGUGCUGGGACCCGACCCCCCGGAGCUACUUCACUGUCCCAAGGGCUGACCCGGUUCGGCCCAUUGACCCUGCCGCCUGGCUGUCGCACACCGCGGCGCUGACCGGAGCCCUGCCCCGCUACGGUACGAGCCCCUGCUCCAGCGCCGUCACACGCACCAGCUCCUCCUCACUAACCAGCUCUGUGCCCGGCGCUCCACAGCUGGAGGAGGCGGCGCUGACGGUGAAGAGUGACAUGGGUGUCGUGGUUCGGGCCAUGCAGCUGCCGGACUCUGGCCUGGAGAUUCGUGACCGCAUGUGGCUGAAGAUCACCAUUGCCAACGCCGUCAUCGGGGCCGACGUGGUGGACUGGCUGUACACCCACGUGGACGGCUUCAAGGAGCGGCGGGAGGCACGCAAGUACGCUAGCAGCAUGCUGAAGCGGGGUUUCCUGCGGCACACGGUGAACAAGGUCACCUUCUCCGAGCAGUGCUACUACGUCUUUGGGGACCUGUGCAGCAAUCUUGCAGCCUUGAACCUUAACAGCGGUUCCAGCGGGGCCUCGGAUCAGGACACGCUGGCCCCACUGCCCCACCCGGCCGCCCCCUGGGCCCUGGGCCAGGGCUACCCCUACCAGUACGCAGGGCCCCCGCCCUGCUUCCCGCCCGCGUACCAGGACCCCGGCUUCAGCUACGGCAGCGGCAGUGCUGGCAGUCAGCAGAGUGAAGGAAGCAAAAGCAGCGGGUCCACCCGGAGUGCAGGCGGGAGCAGCCGGCGCGCCCUGGGCCGAGAGGAGCGUCGGGGGGUUGGGGCUGGGGGCAGUGGCAGCGAGUCGGACCACAUAGCCCCAAGCAGAGCAGGUGGCAGCAGCUGGCGGGAGCGUCCGGCUAGCCAGCUGAGCCGUGGCAGCAGCCCACAUAGCCAGGCCUCGGCCGCCGCCCCGGGACUCCCCCCACUGCACCCCCUGACGAAGGCGUACUCAGUGGUGGGUGGGCCACCUGGGGGGCCUCCUGUCCGGGAGCUGGCCGCUGUCCCCCCAGAGCUGACAGGUAGCCGCCAGUCCUUCCAGAAGGCCAUGGGGAACCCAUGUGAGUUCUUUGUGGACAUCAUGUGACUGAGGAGAGCGUGCCUUUAGCCCCGCCGGGCCGUGGGAGAGCUGGUGGUCCUGUCACUCCCACAGGAGGGCACUUGCCUUAGCGGUGGCCGUCCUGGGUCAGCCUGUGCUUCCAUGUGCACAAGGGGCCGUACGUGGGGUCCAGGGCUGGACAGCGUGGGAGCAGGCUGGAGGGGAGGGCUGAGGGCAGCCCAGACCACCCUGGCCUGGGCUCAGCAGCCUGUUCGCUCCUGGCAGAGAAGCUGUGUCCACGCAGACCCUAUGAGGGUGCUUCUGUCUCUGCUCACACAGGUCUGACCUGUCUCCUGUGGCGUGCGCCUCAGGGACCCCCAAUCACCACAGAGCUGUACACAGGGCCCCAGACCAAGCUGAGAGGUGGCUGCUGGGCCUGGGUCCCACUUGUCACCCAGUUCUAAGGCCCCACCCAUCGUGCCCAGACUGGGCUUCUCGGGGGUGGAAUCGGGGCCCCUGGACUCCUCCGUAGCUUCCCAUGGUAGGGGUAUAAUUUAUUUAUUUAUUGCUUGGCCUGUGUCCUCUGGAGGAGGUAGUAGCCAAGUCAGCCUCCAAACACACACCUGGCUGGAGCAGUUUGCAUGUCCCCCCACCGCUGGGUCUGAGUGAGUGCAGGGACAGUUUGUAUGUGCAGGUGUGUGGGAAGGUCCAUGAGGUGGAGACGGGAGUGUUUCAGCCAGCGGGAGGGGUGGCACACGACCCUGAGGGGUGAAGGCACAGAUGCAGACAGCUGCUACAGGGGCGGUCUGGGGGAGAGGGGCGGCCAGCCCGCCCUUCCUUGCUGCCCACCUGCACACGCCGCUUCCUUCCCAGUGUCUGGCCUGCACAUGUCUGCGCUGUAGAUACUGGAUCAAGUCAGAGUAUCGUCUGGAUAGUUAAUAGAGCUGCUUCUGUGGAAAUGCUAUUUUAAACACUAAAAAGCAUUUAAUUUUAUGGGA